UUAGCCUUUAAAGCCUUUAAAACCAGAGAAGGAUGUCACUUUAAGUAAGCAGCAGCUGUUGUUUAAACAUAAACAUUUGACAGAUAUCUGAUGUAUGAACAAUAAUGAUUUACAUAGUUAUGAUGCAAUGGACACACGUAACUCCUUUAAGUGAGGAAAAUAAACAGAAUAUUGUGACCAGAUUCACAUCAACAACAACAACAUUUGUGAUGAUGAAAUGAUAGUUGUAGGUAAAAACGUGACUGACAGAAACAGUUGUCAACAACUUUUACUUUGUUGUAAUUUGUCAUGGAAAAGCUACAGACUAAUUGGACAGAUGUGUUGAUCAGUCACUUGAUAAGAUGAGGGUUUUCUUGACAAGUUCACUGACUUGUUAAAAUGUGAAUCUCGGAACCCGUGUUUUUGGGACCAACGUUUAGCGCCUUCACGCUGGAGUCUGACAUUCAUCAGCUAACUGUCUAAGUUAAACUGUUGCUGUGAGGAGGAAGCUGUGACUUUUUGGACUCAUUGCUAUUAAUGAAUCUGUGUUGUGUUUCACAAUGUUUAAUGAUCCUUUUCCCUGUUCAUGCUGAGCUUUCAACAUGUAUAGGGCAGGGCGGUCUAGUCUGUCUCUCCUGAUGAUAGUGAAAGCAGUAAAGCAUGUGCAAUCAGACCUGCUGCUCAUUUAACUGGCUGAAAAGAGUGAGCGGUAAAACCGGCUUCUUCAACUCUGAUACCUGUUUAGACUCAUUUUGUGUGACUUCUCACUAGCUGAGCGUCCAAUACAGGGCAGAGGGCUUUGUUUAGUAGAUGCAUCUGGGCACCAGAUGCUAAACGGUCCGUGUUGGUCCUCUAGUUCACAGGACAAUGGAACAACAAACCCAAAGACCAGAAUCUUCUGUUAAGCUUAGAUACUCCAAUCAUGGUCAUGUACAAGAUAAGACUUCAUGACUAUAUCAGUGAGCCUAAUCAGAUGCUGCACACAGGAAGAAGGGUCUCUAGGUUAAUCACCUAUGUGACAAAUGCUCAGUCCUCACAAAAUGCUCUCAAAGUGGAAGUGGUGACACCAAAAGCCUAAAAACCUCCUCCUUCUCCCUGCCUGGUUUGGUUUUACAAUUAAAAACCUAAAAACAUCUGUUGACUGGCACAGUCGUCUCCAGAGCAGGAUGCAGACUUUUCCCAGCAGCUGAUCCAAACCAGUGUCUAACGGUGCCACAGAGCCGGGCGACUGACUCUGGUCCCUGAUGGAAACGUGAACUUUCCCAAAGUUUGGUCAGUCGCGAGAAGCCUCCUUCAUCCAACGUGGCAUCUGCUGGACGGGAUUCAGAGGAAGCGUUUACUCCCUUCAUUACUUUAUUAUUGUUAUUGUUUUAUUGUAACUGUUGACAAUGGUUGAAGUUAAUCUGUAGUUGUGUUGUUCUCGCCUCCUGCAGCCACUGUGUUUGUGUUGUUCAUGUUUUCUAAUGUGGCCUGAUGUAACAAUCAAAUGUGCACUGAUUAACAGUGCACAUUUGAUCCCAGGCUGAAGUGUGUCUAGUGGCUCCAUGUGGUGCAGCAAAAGGGCAUUUUCUGAGGGCAGUGGAACUUCUCCAUGUUGUACCUGCUGCAGACGGCACCGUCAUCGUCCCACCUGUAGACAUGCUGAGACCCAGUGACUGCUGAACCGAACCAAAUCCUCCUCCAUCAGUAGCUCUGAACCUAUAAUGUCUUCAACGUCACUAUCAGGCCUUGCCCAGCUGGAGAUCCUGUGUAAGCAGCUGUACGAGACUACCGACACCGCCGUCCGACACCAGGCAGAGAAAGCUCUGGUGGAGUUCACCAACAGUCCCGACUGUCUCAGCAAAUGUCAGCUCCUGCUGGAGAGAGGCAACUCAUCAUAUUCUCAGCUGCUUGCAGCCACCUGUUUGUCUAAACUGGUAUCUCGAACCAGCAACCCUCUGCCCCUGGAGCAACGCAUCGACAUCAGGAACUAUGUACUGAAUUAUUUGGCCACACGGCCGAAGCUGGCAGCAUUUGUGACCCAGGCUCUGAUCCAGCUCUAUGCCAGGAUCACCAAACUGGGCUGGUUCGACUGUCAGAAAGACGACUACGUCUUCAGAAAUGUCAUUGCCGACGUGACACGCUUUCUGCAGGACAGCGUGGAGCACUGCAUCAUAGGCGUCACCAUUCUGUCCCAGCUGACAAAUGAGAUCAACCAGGCUGACACCACGCAUCCCCUGACCAAGCACAGGAAGAUAGCGUCGUCCUUCAGAGACUCGUCCCUCUUCGAUAUUUUCACUCUGUCUUGCAACCUCCUCAAACAGGCUUCGGGGAAGAACCUGAACCUUAAUGACGAGUCUCAGCAUGGGCUCCUGAUGCAGCUGCUCAAAUUGAGCUACAAUUGCCUCAAUUAUGACUUUAUAGGAACUUCCACAGAUGAGUCGUCAGACGACCUCUGCACUGUACAGAUCCCCACGUCGUGGAGAUCAGCGUUUCUCGAUUCCUCCACUCUGCAGCUCUUUUUCAAUUUGUAUCAUUCCAUCCCUCCUUCCCUCUCCCCGUUGGUGCUGUCGUGUCUAGUUCAGAUUGCGUCUGUCAGGAGGUCUCUCUUCAACAAUGCAGAGCGAGCAAAGUUCCUCUCACAUCUGGUGGACGGCGUUAAGAGGAUACUAGCAAACCCGCAGUGUUUGCCGGAUCCUAAUAACUACCACGAGUUCUGUCGUCUGCUGGCGAGGCUGAAGAGCAACUACCAGCUGGGGGAGCUGGUCAAAGUAGAAAACUACCCUGAAGUCAUCCGGCUCAUAGCCAACUUCACCGUCACCAGUCUGCAGCACUGGGAGUUUGCUCCCAACAGUGUACACUACCUGCUGAGUCUGUGGCAGCGCCUGGCAGCGUCAGUCCCCUACGUCAAAGCCACAGAGCCUCAUCUGCUAGAGACGUACACACCAGAGGUCACCAAGGCCUACAUCACUUCUAGGCUGGAGUCGGUCCACGUCAUCCUCAGGGACGGGUUGGAGGACCCUCUGGAUGACGCCGGCCUCGUUCAGCAGCAGCUUGACCAGCUAUCCACCAUUGGCAGGUGCGAGUAUGAGAAGACCUGCGCUCUGCUCGUCCAGCUGUUCGACCAGGCAGCUCAGACAUACCAGGAGCUGCUGCAGUCCACCAACUCCAGCGCGGCCGACAUCACUGUGCAGGAGGGUCGAUUAACAUGGUUGGUCUAUAUAAUUGGGGCAGUGAUCGGUGGGCGGGUGUCGUUUGCCAGUACGGACGAACAGGACGCCAUGGACGGAGAGCUGGUCUGUCGGGUGCUCCAGCUGAUGAACCUGACUGACUCUCGGCUAGCGCAGGCUGGCAACGAGAGGCUGGAGCUGGCUAUGCUCAGCUUCUUUGAACAGUUUAGAAAGAUCUACAUCGGUGACCAAGUUCAAAAAUCAUCAAAGCUUUAUCGCCGACUAUCAGAAGUCCUGGGGUUGAACGAUGAGACGAUGGUGCUCAGCGUCUUUAUAGGAAAAAUCAUUACAAACUUGAAGUACUGGGGCCAGUGUGAACCCAUCACCUCCAAGACGCUGCAGCUACUGAAUGACCUCUCCUUAGGAUACAGCAGUGUGAGGAAGCUGGUGAAGCUCAGCGCGGUGCAGUUCAUGCUCAACAACCACACGAGCGAGCACUUCUCCUUCCUGGGGGUGAACAACCAGUCCAACCUGAGCGACAUGCGAUGUCGGACCACCUUCUACACAGCGCUCGGACGCCUGCUGAUGGUUGAUCUGGGUGAGGACGAGGAACAGUUUGAACAGUUCAUGCUGCCAUUGACGGCUGCGUUUGAGGCUGUGGCUCAGAUGCUGAGCACCAACACCUUCAACGAGCAGGAAGCCAAGAGGACCUUGGUGGGCUUGGUUCGAGACCUGCGAGGCAUCGCGUUCGCCUUCAAUGCUAAAACCAGUUUCAUGAUGCUCUUUGACUGGAUAUAUCCAGCCUACAUGCCCAUUUUACAGCGGGCCAUAGAGCUGUGGUACCAUGACCCAGCAUGCACCACACCUGUCCUCAAACUAAUGGCUGAGCUCGUUCACAACAGAUCCCAGAGGUUACAGUUUGACGUGUCCUCACCAAACGGAAUCCUGCUGUUCAGGGAAACCAGCAAGAUGAUCACAACCUAUGGGAAUCGCAUCCUGACGUUGGGAGAGGUCCCGAAGGACCAAGUGUACGGCGUGAAGCUGAAGGGGGUCAGCGUGUGCUUCGCCAUGCUGAAAGCUGUGCUCAGUGGGAAUUACGUCAACUUUGGGGUUUUCCGUCUUUACGGCGACGACGCUCUGGACAACGCUUUGCAGACCUUCAUCAAGUUACUGCUGUCCAUCCCUCAUAGCGAUUUACUAGACUAUCCCAAGCUUAGCCAAUCGUUCUACUCUCUGCUGGAAGUGCUUACACAGGACCACAUGAACUUUAUCGCCAGUCUGGAGCCUCAUGUCGUCAUGUACAUCCUGUCGUCCAUAUCAGAGGGGCUCACCGCGCUUGACACAAUGGUGUGUACGGGCUGCUGCUCCAGUCUGGACCACAUAGUCACCUAUCUGUUCAAGCAGCUGUCUCGAUCCACAAAGAAGCGUCCCACCCCCAUGGCAACAGACGACCGCUUCCUGCACAUCAUGCAGCAGCACCCUGAGAUGAUCCAACAGAUGCUGUCCACAGUUCUAAACAUCAUCAUCUUCGAGGACUGCAGAAACCAGUGGUCAAUGUCUCGGCCUCUGCUGGGCCUCAUCCUGCUCAAUGAGAAGUAUUUCGCUGACCUGAGGAACAGCAUCGUCAACAGUCAGCCCCCAGAGAAGCAGCAAGCCAUGCACUUAUGUUUUGAGAACUUGAUGGAGGGAAUAGAGAGAAAUCUACUAACAAAGAAUCGGGACAGGUUUACUCAGAACUUAUCGGUGUUCAGGAGGGAAGUCAACGACAGCAUGAAGAACUCAACCUACGGCGUCAACAGCAAUGACAUGAUGAGCUGACAUUCCACACAGCAGAGUCUCACCCAGCUGCAGACCCCUGCCCCUCGCUUCUCCACAGCGUCCCUCCCCCCUCUGCAUCGGCCUCCCCCACCUCCCUCCCCCCUUGGGCCCGGAUGCCCAGGGAUCAUCUCCUCACCCCGAUAUGUGAUGUUCGGGAUUGUUGAUUAACUUCAGAGAAUAAACCCCACCUCCACCACCCACCGCCCCUUUCCUCCUUUUUUGAUAUAAGCAUAUAUAAAUAUAUACAGAUCUAUUUUAAAGCCAGUCUGCGUUGGUCUGACCUGUCCUGACGUGAAAGCACUCGAAAUCACUCCAAGGAAGGAAAGGGUGCUGUGGGUGUAGGAGGUGGUGAGACGGGGGGGCGAUGGCUGGUAACAGUAGUAAUCCGCUUCUGCCUGCCUUGUAUAGAAAACACUCAAAAAACCAAGUGUACAUUUUUUUUCGUAACAUUUUGAACAAUGUUUAUAAUUGAAUUUAAAACACAGGUAAGUUGAGGCGAAACAAAACAAACUGUGUGAUUGAGCUUUUUACCGUGUAGUGAGUUAGUGCAGCUGUCUGUCUGUGUGGGGAAGCGAGAGGGACGACGGGUGGGGGGGAGGUUUUACACACUAACAAGGAGGGAAAGUCAAAGCGUCCAUGUUGUACAUUUUCUCAGUCUCCGCUUGAAGUGAUGUAAAUAGCUACGUACCCGCGGCCGCAGGCUUGACCCCCUUCAAAGGGACUGACUAGACGGCAUCUCCUCAGACUCUGGGUCAGAGUGUUCAUCAGAGUUUCAUGUUUGAUAGUAACACGCCUUUAGUAACGGGAUAGAAAUACAAAUUAACGCAAUUUUUAUGAAAGGAAAGGUGAAAAUAAAAUUUGACAUUAAAUAUUGAUGAUUCGACACUUCAUAUUUCAUGUCGACGUGUCCAGACAUUGUAAGACCCAGUUUAUUGUUGCAGCAUUGUUCAGUGUCUUCUUUGGUUCUCAGGGUAAAUUAGCUUUCUAUCGGUCGACGAGUAGUCAGUCCAAACAUUAGUAAAGCUGAAAUCAGUCUAAUGUCUAACGUCCUUUAUUCAUGCUGGUUCUAGUUUGACCCGUUGCUUUGUCUUGACCCAGAGCCUACAGGAGAACAGCUGUGAUUUCCCUUGCUAGGGUCCAGCCCAGCUUUGCCUUCUCCUCUAAUCAGAGCGACCUAGCGUCCUUUAGGUCUCGCGUCCACACACUCGCUUGUUUCCCUGCAAUGACUGACGUGUAAGCAACAUGGUCACAGCUACAUUUUCCCCUCUGGUAGGCCGGAAGCAGUUUCCACCAGUUUGUUGACACUCUGGAAUCCCAGCACCAGGUUGUAGGACAGUCCCGCCCGUUUAGGUCCUGCAGCGAAGUCCUUUUGGUGUGUGUGCGUGUGUGCGCGGCGUCUCAUGGUGCUGAGGUCUGUGCCACCACUGUUCCCUGUUGAAGGAAUCUGAAGAGUUUAGCUUUGAGCACUGGUGGCAGUUUGGACAGUGCACAAAGAGAAGCAGGAGUGAGUCACUUAGCAACUUGUGUUAUUCUCUGAUGCUGCUGCUAACUGGUUGUGACAGCUAGCUCAUCUCUAACCAUGUCAGCACUCAUGGAUGUUUCUGGAGUUCCUAAUAUUUUGGUUUGUGUCCCUGAUGUGAAUGUGUUGGGUCCAUAGAGUGAGUAGCUGAGUUGUUUGGAUGUCUGCUACAUAUAGUGUAAGCAUUGUGACUGCAAAUAAACCUCAUUGAUUUUUA